GCGCAUAGAGUUCACGUAACGCGAUUUUUUUAUUGUCUUUUUUACUCUCGACAAAAGGAUUACACUUCGCUUUCAAGGUGCGCGAUGGACGUUUCUAACGCAGCCCGCGGCCUGUGAUCUAUUGUUUUUGCCGUGUGUAUAAUGCGAGCCUGGGAUAUAAAAGUGAUUAGCUCGUGAUUGAUUAUUUAUUCGCGUCGGUUUUUCACACGCGAAGCGAUGUUUUUCGCUUACUUCUACGACACUGUAACCCGUUCGCGGUGCGUUUAUGCAGAUUUAUGCGCGUAAUUUGACAGUUCACGAGAGCAAAUUACUCUUUUUGCAACGCAUGUGUAUAGGUCAAUUCGAAUCGGCUCUCGCUGACAUGUGUAUAACGCCGCGAGCUCGACAGCGCUGUACACCCUGUACACACUCGAGUCGGGGCUUUUUUUAUCGAUCCUAAAAUUGCCUGCAGUCUAGAGCCUCGCGUAAAGGAGCGCGUGUACGCGGCCUUUGUGCAGGCGUUAGGCCUCCGUAUGCCAUUACCGGCGUUUAUUACGCGAGAAAGAAAUCCUUCUGCUUUUGAUUUUAGCAUAGAGAGAAAAGAGAACAGAACGCCGAGGUUUACCAGGAAAAAACAUUAUGCUUGUCUCGUGCUUUACGGCGGCUGGUACGAGAUGACGUCGGGGUUUUCGGGAGUCGCGAGCAGCGAGUUUCGUUGCCUGAAUUCUUAAUUAUUUCUUCCGCGUCGAGGUUCUAUAUGUGUUUGUGCAAACGAGCUCCUUGGCUUUUUUUCUGAGCGAAUAAAUCUAGUAGAAAUUCUAGACAGCGACUGAGAGAGAAUACACUCGGUUCGUGUUGUCGUUUAAAUAUUUACAAUCGAGUAUAGCUUCUCGGCAUUUAACAGUUGUACGCGGAACCUCGAUUUCUCGGUAAGGCAUUACAGCCGAAUAUUACUUCGGAGUCGUAAUACGUAUAAUACAACUCGCAGCGGUGCACACAAGGGAUCCUUGAUAAAAGUCGGCGAGUGUACUUAGAUUUCAAAAUAUAUAUGUCUGGGCGCUAGAUUUUGCGCAACUUUGCCCGCAACCUCAAUUUUCUCUCUCUUUCUCCACGUCUCCCGCUCACUUCUCCGCAUGCACCCGCGUUAUGCAUCGAAUAAACGCGCGCCCCUCUUUGUUACUUUAAGGAAAACCAUCGAAUCGCUAAAUUCAAUCAAUCCUCUCAACACCUCGCCGCAAGCCCCUAAUUUCCCCGUAGAACAAUCUGCAUAAUAUUAAAUCGAACGGCGGCGAAAUAAAAGAAGCUUCUCGCGCAACUGCAGUCGACGAAUUUGUAAACGGCGGCAGCUCACACAAUGCGCGCAACGUCGCGGCGGCGGCGCACGCAAACAUCGAUAAGAUGGCAAUCUAGCUUCGAGCCAAUAUACAAGGGACCCCCGCCGCCGAUAAAAAUACGAAGAGCCGGCUCAAGGAGAGUUAUAUAUGCAAAGCGGGAUAGAGGCGCGGUAAUGGGUUAAAAGGAGGAAUACGCGUCCGACUUGCCUCCUGGCUGUCGAUAGUAUUAUUCUUAUUUUUUUUUCUUCUUAUUCGAGUGUGUGACUUUUCUUCUCUCUCUUCGCGUGUUUUUCUUUCUGGACUUUUUUUUCCUCGAUGAGUUGGAGGGAAUGACUUUUUUUUUAAGAUUUAUGGUUUGCCUUGCGAUGACGAUGAUGCGCGCGACUCCGGCAAAUUGAAAUGGAAAGGAGUGAAACAUUAUGUUGUUAGGCAAACGAAGUGCGCAUGUGUGUGUGUGUGUGUGAGAUAUUCCAUGCGAUUAAGAGUUGUAAUUAUACGUAGGUUUCGUCAUGAACUUGGAGAGCUAGAUAAAAAGGGGUAAAUCCUCGGGAAUGUGUGCGCGUGUUGGCCUCUGAGACACGAAAUAAUUGAUCUUCGCUCGUUAUUUAGUCGUGUGUAUAAGCCGAUGACGCGUCGUCGGGAUGUUACUUCUCCGAAAAAGGAACAGAUUGAAGACGAACGUGGUCUUAUUAUUUUCCUCGUUUUUUUGUCUUCGCUGUAAGCGGCGUAAUUACCGGCCAGAAAAGCCUUUUUCGUUAGUUUUCUAUUUUCGUCCGCUAAUUUUGGCGGGUGUUAUUUCUCUUCGAGACUCUUCAAGCGCCCGUGGACUUGUUCUUCGAUAUACUUUUUUUUUAAUGACUCGUUUUUGCCUUGGACGGUUUGCGUCGUGAUAAAGUCAUGAAGAAUGUUUAAACAACUUUUUUUCCUGUAAAAUUAAAAACUUCUAUUAAUUACUCGUGCGUACGUAUAGUUUAACAGUUCAGAAGAAUUAUUUAUAAAAACAAAGUCUCGUACAUGCGACCUGGUUGAGUUAAUUUAUGUCAUUGUAUAAUUUAUCUAAAGAAUCUUAACAGCGCAAAACGUGUGCCUGCAGCGUACGUAACGCAAAACGAAAAAAUAAUUGUCUUCUCUGGAUUGGAAAAACUUGAAAAUAUUUAGGUUGCCAACAUUUCAUUUAUAACGCGAUAAAUCGUCCUCCGACUAAGUACUCCUGAAAUUUAUCGAUAAAAUUAAUUAACGAUGUAUCUUCUUGUUCCAACUUGGGGCAUCGGAAUCUUUGUACCGCAAUAUAACGUCUCGAUGCAUCGUUAAUCCAUCAUCCAUAUAAUAUCUCAUAACCGCGUUACGCAACGAGUAUUCCGAAAGUACCUUUUCAAUGAAGCCGCCGUAAAUAAAAAUCGACGGGCAAAAAUGUAACUGGGCCUCUCUCCUUUUUUAUCGGGUCUGAUAAGUUAGUCGAAAUUUCGCCGUCGGUCGUCUCCUCUCUCCAAAAAUGGCCAUCUUACGGAGUUUCACACUCGAUGUUUAUUUCAUUGUGUGAAGUGGGUGAACGUGUAAGCAGAUGGAAAAAAAGAGGAGAACAAUCUCGUUAGAGCUGCUGCUGCAGUCCGAAUUUCUCGUCGGAAUAAAAUACGCGCGUAACGGCCCUCUGGCUUGAAUUAUUCAUUAGAGAUCAGCUGUCGGGGGAGGGAAGGAGGAGAAUAUAUGCUCUUUUUUUGCUGGAAGAGCUGCUUAAUUAAACACCUCAGGUGCCUCCCAGGAAAGAACAAACAGCCGCGGAAUCGCUUUCACUGCCGCUCCCGCCCCCGCGCGCUCGCAUCGGGAUGUUGUGAGCUUCUUCGUGCGACCAUAUUAUAUCGUUCUGAAUACGGAAGUUUCGUUGCUUGAUAAAUCGUUGCAUUAAUUUCUUGACUUUACGGGGAGUUUGUAAAACAGUCUGUUAACUUGAGAUUCAUGGGAUAUGCGUAUCUUGGAUCACUUAGAGACUGUACGGUUAAGUGGUUUGAGAGUAAUUUGAAUAAUUCUGCUAUGAUAGAGCUUUAUCUAGUGUUUCUUUCGUUUAUACAUGCUGGAAUUAUUGCGAAUAUCUGAAUUCUAAGCAAGCUUUGCGAUAAGUCGGAGUGAAAUCAGUUUGUUCUGCACACUUGAUCGAAUUAGCAACUUGUUAUAUAGCACAUAAAUUGAAAAAUUCCUUCAAACGAAGCGAUUGUGUCUCUCUUUCGAGCAGCGAAACUUCCGCUAUAAAACGAGCCCGAUGUGAACCGAAGAAGAAAACAGCCUUUUUUUACCCCUUCUCAUCCGACUGUAUACGAAUAACUUAAUUUAUUCCCUCCAGGCCUCAAAAGAGAGAAGCCGAUGAAACCAGAAAAUUUCACAAAGCUCCGCUGUGAUAAACUAAAGUAAACUAUACAUUAAAAAAACUUUAUCACUACGAAGCAACAGAUUUCUACUCGUGAUAAGAAGAUACUUAGAUCGUGAUAAGUAAAGCAUAGCACAAACACAACAAAAGCGCAGCCUUCGCAUUACUGUAAAAGUAAAGCACGUAAAUUUUUACGAGCCGUGAAAACAAUCAUCUCCCGACGAUAAACCAAGCGCAAAAAAUGACAGCGGCGUGAGAGAGAAAAGAGUCGCCGCAUCGUCAGUCUGUGAUAAAAAAGAAGCAUCAGCAGAAUGACGGACUCGGACGUGAUCGUGGCGAACGGUCACCGAUGCUCACACCGCGGCCUCGUCAAGUAUCCGAGCAUCGACAAAAAGCUGUGGGAUGCAAGCAGCAGCUGGAUACUGCAGUGGGACAACAUCGUUAAACACCCGGGCGCAAGGGCACGUGGAUGCCACUGCGACAUCCACAAGCCGCCUUGGCUCUACCCCGAUUUAGUUGGAAAAGAUCUGGACGAACCGGACAGAGCGAUAAAAUCGGCACCGGUCAAAAGGACGCCGAGUCUGCUGCAGAAGAAGAGCCAGUUUGGACCGGCGAAGGCGCCACCCGUACCCCAAGCUCAAUUUGGUAAUCCAGCGACAGUCACAAGGGUGCCUUCCGUCAAACGAAAUCCGUCCUUUAAGUCUGCAUCAUCAGGUCAAGCUGGUGCAGUGGACGAAGAAACCUUCCUCACGGCGUUCGAGGAUGUGCCACCGGUGAAGCUAUUCUCCAGCAAGGAUCUCGAGGAGCAAAUGAAGGCGAUUAAGGACAUUAUAGGCGAUGACAAGAAAGACUGGAAACAGAGAACGGAUAGCAUGAAAAAACUGCGAGGGAUAAUAAUAGCCGGCGGAAUGAACUACGACAUAUUCCCGGUCUGUCUGAAGGAUCUUCAGCGGCCGUUCGAGACGGCCUGCGCGGAUCUGCGCUCGCAGGUGGUUCGCGAGGUCUGCAUCACCCUCGCCUAUCUGAGUCUCCAGCUCAAGAACAAGUUCGCCAGUUUCGGCGAGACCGUUUUGCCGACGUUAAUGAACCUCAUCCAAAACAGUGCCAAGGUCGUGGCGACGGCUGGUGCAGUGGCGGUGCGUUUUAUACUGCAGAACACCCACAGCAGCCGCUACGUGCCAAUCAUCGUGGCGUCACUGAACAACAAGAGUAAAGACAUACGCCGUGCGACCUGCGAGUAUCUGCACUUGAUUCUGCAGUCCUGGCAGACGGCAAUUCUGCAGAAGCACGUGAACAUUCUUCAGGACGCGAUAAAGAAGGGGAUGGCCGACUCAGAUUCCGAGGCUAGAGCUUUCGCCAGAAAAUCUUACUGGGCAUUCAAAGAGCACUUCCCGGAAAAUGCCGAAGCCCUGCUCAACAGUCUCGACGCGACGUACAAACGUGCCCUGAUGUCACUGAGCAACAGCGGCAGCAUAAACAGCCUGAACGCGGUGUCGAAAACGAAUACUAGUCCACGCGCGCCUAGACCUGCCAUGAGUGCCACAGGUAGCACGGAAAACUUGCAUCAUACUCAGGGCCAACCUCAUGGCCCGCUCAGACGCACUCCGUCCUUGCCACGAUCUUAUCGUCAAUCUGGGAUUCCGAUUCUUCAAAGACCUACUGACAAUCACUGUCGCGUAUCCCCUGGAGUAAGAUCAACAAGUGCCAUAGAUCUCCAAGCUGCUCAAAGAGCCAAAGCUAGAAUGAAGUAUGCGUACAUGAAUCGACAGAAGGCUACACUUCAUAAUGAUCAUGGUGGUCAACCAAGCAGACAAGCUCGGCCGAAUAAAUCGCCAGAAUCCAGUUCUAUGGCCAGUCCCGAAAGAAUUGCACGAACAAGAACUCGCGUUUCUGGAGUUUCGCAAUCUCAACCUAGCAGUAGAUCUGGUUCACCUUCGUCCAGGUUGAGCUAUGCAACGUACAAUAGGGAUGGUGAAUCUCUGGUUCCAAGACCUAAAAUAUUGGAUCAUGGAAUGCGAAGCUCGGGAAAUAGUCGGGAACCUAGUCCGCAACGAUUUGGGUAUGACAGAAACAGUUUUGGAAGUAAAGUCAGGAGUAGGAAUUUACACAUGUCACCGACGGAUAGGCCACCUUCUCGACCUGUUAUGGCGCAAAAAAUGCUCCAGCAAUCGCGCGAAGCUGAAUCUGCAUUAGCUGAUGCUCUUACGUUCGACAGUAUUGACAGUUAUACCAGAACACCUAAAGGUAAAGGAGAUCAUAGUGAUGACAGUGAAACCAGCAGCAUUUGUUCAGAACGCAGUCACGACAGCUUUCGUAGACCGAGCGAUUCAUUUUCGUGGAGUGGCUCCCAGCAAAGAUUGUAUCGAGAUGUAUGGGAUCAAUCAAUCCCAAAGGAUAUUAAAGAGAUUAUCGAUAAUUGUGGACACAAACACUGGGCUGAUCGGAAAGAGGGUUUGCUAGGCCUGCAGCAUUAUCUUGCCAGUGGAUUCACGUUAAGUGCCACAGAGCUACGUAAAAUAACUGAUAUUUUUGCAAAAAUGUUCAUGGAUUCGCAUACAAAAGUCUUUAGUUUGUUCCUCGAUACUUUGAAUGAUUUGAUUCAAACUCACUGUGAAGAUCUUGGUGAUUGGCUCUAUGUGUUGUGUACUCGACUUCUUAACAAACUGGGAACGGAUUUACUUGGAUCAAUUCAGACGAAAAUUCACAAAACGUUGGAAGGUGUUAGGGAAUGCUUUACAGGCGAGCAGUUAUUACCAUGUGUAAUGCGAUUCUUAACGAAUCCCACUCAAACGCCAAAUUCCCGCGUUAAAGUAGCAACUUUGACAUUUAUAACUCAAAUUGCUGAGACUGCUGAACCGUCCGCUUUGAAUAGUUCUGCGGGUCCAGGGCUCGCUAGACUGUUAGACUGGACAAACGAUGUCAAAAGUCAAGAUGUCAGGAGACAUGCCCAAAAUGCUGUGAUCGCCCUUUAUAAUUUGAAUCCAUCACAGUUUACAAUGAUACUUUCAGAACUGCCAAAGUAUUAUCAGGAAGCUGCACUCCCACUCAUUCAAAGUCACUUGAAAAGAUCUUCGGCUACGAGUACACCAGCUUCUCCUGGAACACCUCCGCCCAGAGUUCCCAACUCACCAGCGCGUACUAAAGUAAGAGUAGAAAAUGAAGGCGCGGAUGAUAGCUUGAAUCCUGAAGAAGUUUACAAAUCUUUACGUCGUACAACGGCGGAAAUUCAAAAUUAUGGGUUUGAGCGCCUAGAAAGAGCAACUACCAGCAAAGACAGUGGUAUUAGUAAUAUGGCUGACGUAGAAGAAAGACUGGAGGGUCUUACUCUAUCUAACUCGGGACGUUCUUCUUCGGUUUCAUCGCCUACACAACGCGGCAAGACCGUUACCAACGUGGCAGUAAACGGUUCAAAUGACACUAUCGCCGGUGACCUUAUACUACCUCAGGAGAAUAAUGGAUAUAAAACUCAUGGCUCCUCGCCGGAUUCAAUAAGAGGGCCAGAAGUUCUUGAUAACACAUUGAAGAUACUACAAGCGGAAGAAUCGCAAAUUACGGAAAAAGUGGCUGCGUUACAAGAAUUCCAACAAUACGUUCGUGAAGGAGAUGCUCUUUAUAUAAAGCAGCAUUUUAAAAGACUGUUAAAAACGUUAAUUGGAAGUUUGGCCAGCGAUAAUAAAGAGAUGCAGAUUGAAGUGCUCCAGUCCCUCAUAGACAUGCUAAAGUGCCCUGAAUUAGCAGAAAGCUUCUCUAAUUACGCAGAGCUCUUAGUUCUGAAAGUAAUAAGAGCUCACAAAUAUGACGAUCAAAAGUCUGAUGCGAGUAGCAGCAGCAGUAACAGCGCUAGAACCACGGUAAAAUAUCCUGAGGUGCUCAGAAUGGCGGAGAAGUGCGCAGCUACUGUAGCCGUAAUUUUGCCACCCGAACAAACGAUACAAUUCGCUUCAUCUAUGAUGACCACAGAGCCAUUCCCACAAAACAUGGGUGCAAUUAAAAUGCUUCACAAAGUAGUGGAACACUAUGGCCGGGAGGCGAUAGAACCACAUCUUUCAAAAGUUAUGCCAGGUCUUAUAAAGGCCUAUGAUGAUGCCGAAUCGACGGUGCGCAAGAGCGCGGUAUUCUGCAUGGUGGCAAUACAUGCGGCUGUCGGCGAAGAGGCACUGAAGCCUCAUCUGAGCUCCCUGUAUGGCAGUAAGCUCAAACUGCUCAACAUCUACAUUCAACGAGCACAGCAAGCCACGAGCCAGCCGGCGAGUCCUCGUAGUAACAGCAACAAAAACUAACCGGCGACGGCUGCCAGCGCCGGUGGCAGCAGCAUCACCACCGCCGCGACACUCAGGAUUGCAAUUAUGAAGAGAUUCGCUCGCCUCACAGCGAGGCAUGAGCGAUUGCUCUUUCAAUUUCUCAGCAAGUCCGAGCCCUGAUCCCAAGGCGCGACACUGAAUUUUCUUUAUACCAAGUACAAAAGAUGAUGGACUGUCAAUACGUUGUACUAGGCUCUGCUGGCGACGCCGAGGGCAGGGAUGUGGCGCAGAAGGAGGAGGAGGACGAAAGUUUAGAGAACGUUUUUAAGCCUACUCUCUGCGAUGAUUAUUCUCUCGUGAUCGGAUUUGCUUAAUAUUCGUUUAUCUCUUGAACGACUGUGUAUAUACUUUGAUGGACGUUUUCGUGUAAAACACCGUUAUAAGCGCACUUGCUUCGGCUCUUUAACGCUGGUCGAUCGGUGCUUUUUAGUGUAUAGCACUGUGAGCAAUAACAGAGAAAAAUAAACUUGUGGCACUGCAGAUAUGCCGAUGACGUAACGAGACAGGUACAAUUUCUUUAUAAACAAAAGAAAUAUUUAAAAAAAAAAUAUAAUAAACGUUUAAAACGAGGAAUGCUACUUAAUAUUUUUCUGAAAAAUCUUAAUAAUAAUUGACAAAAAAGCAGAUUAUAUAGAGCUAUCCAAAUGUAAAUUUUAACAAGCGUAUUCUUGAAAAUUGACGUCAAGCGAGCUUGAUGCAUCAGUUGGCGAAAGGUAUCGAUCGAUCAAAGUUAUUCGUUAACAGUGCAUUAUUGUCUAGGGCUUUUCCUGCCCACAGUGCAUGCGAGACUUACACUCAUACACACACACACACACACACACACACAUUUACACAUUUAAUUAUACAGUGAACAUUGACUUCCAGCUGGAGAGAUUCUGGCUCAAUACGCUGCAUUGAUAUCCCUCCCCUAUUUUUUAUUUCUUUAUUUACAGAUUGUAAGUUCAGAAUGACAGUGAAUUGCUACACUCGGUAAUUUUAUAAUUACCCAACGUGUGUAGGAGCGCUUGAUGUUUUGAAGAAAGAAACAGGCAAUGUGAGCAUGCAUAAUUAUGUAGAUUUUUAUGUGCUAGUCAAGAAUCCUGAAGGACGCACAAGACACAAGAGACACAAAGAACGAAUCAGAGCUUUUGUUUUCUUGAAGAGAUCGGGUACGGGGCAAAGGGGGAAAUACGCAAUAAAAAAUUGCGGGACAAACGGUAGAAUGAGUGAGAUUUUGCAUAAAAGUAAUGACUAGUUCGUUUUAGUGACUCGUCUAAUUGCCAAUUCUACACAAAUUGAUACUGAAUCAAAUUUUAUCCGUAAUUUUCAUUGAAGCUAUUCCUUCGUGCCAUUGCCUUCUUUCUUGUCUGCAUAAAAACGGCUACGAGUGACGUUAAUCCAUUUUUACAUAGUUUGUAGUUUAAGGGGCUUUACAGUAUUGUCAUUUUCAGUAGUAUUUUUUGUAUGCAAAUUUUAAAAGAAAAUAAAUUUACAUUUAAGUUCGUUUUGCACACACAUUUUAAAUAUGUGAAUUUCGUCUGACGAGAAAGUGAAAAUUAUAAAUCCUUCACGUGUUAAACAUGUAAGUGCCAAAAAUGUCGGACUUGCAAAAAUGUAAACAGUCAAGCAAAAAUAAUUUUGAAAUUUUCACGCCAAAAGUUUACCAAGUGCGUCUUUUAAAAUCUGUCUGUCAAUCACUUCUGUACAACGACAAACAAAUCAUUUAGUUGAUUUUGUUAAGUUAAAUUUAAGUUUUAAACUUUUACUCGAGAAAUUUUCAUAAAACAUAGACUUUUUACGAUUUUCACGUUUUUUGAAACCAGUGCCCCGAUUUCCAAGUCCCGAUUCUAGUUUCUUCAUGGCGGCUCGAAAGUAGUCUCAGCGUGUACCAACCGUGUAUAUAUAUACAGAUUAUUAUAAGUAAUUGUAGGACUUACACUAAUAUAGUAUUAACAUUCUAAUAAUUCUUUUUACCGCAAUAAGGCGGCUGUCUUGGAUAAGUGCAUUAAGAGCCGUCACAUUUUGCAAUGCAAUCGUUUAUGAAUGCUUGUUUUGUUAAGUUUUUGAGCACUAUUAUUGGUAUGAUAUAUUAUUAACCUUAACCCUUAGACGGCGAAGCUCAAAAAUACGAAAAAUAAUCAUAAGAAUACAGAACUGUCGAAUUACUGUGAGAUACAUCUGUUUUGUCUUUUUCCCUAAUAUAGUGUUUUAUGUAUAUUUAAUCUUGAAA